AUGACGUUCAAUAGGCUGUGUCGGUUUCAAAUACGUGUCUUAAUUUGUUAAACAAGUGCUUGGUAUUAUAAUACUACUACGUUAAUUGCAGUGUCGAUUUCAAAGUCUUAAAAGGUGAAAUAAUAUUUGUUAACUUUAUCAAAGGAGAACUUGUACGCCAUGGACAUUAAACAUUUUAGAUGCAUUGUUGAUUUCAAAUUCAUUUGAGGAGAAAUAUUGGAUUUUUAUUUAUGAAAUUGAUUUUAUAUAUUAAUUCGUAACAGAUUGUCACCUGAAAUUUUUACCUGGGAUUUUCGUAAUAUACUUGUAUCUCACCUGAGCUUGAAAGCAUGGAUUUAUAGAAAAUAGACUUUUUUUCUGGGAUUGAAAGAUUUAUUUCUGUGACAUAAUUUGAAAUUGAUCUGCUACAACUAAAAUGGAAAUGUAUUACUGUGGAUUUGUAAAGAAUGUGGAUACCUCAUGUGGAUUUCAUUUAACUAUGGAUUAAUAAUGCAGUAAUAAGUUGAAAUGGACCAAACUUCGUCAUGGAAACAGAACAGGAUGAAUUGUUGUUUACGGCUGGACCCUGCAAUACAACCCGACGAGACAGUGGUCUUGACGUAGGUUUUGACAGCAUCAGUAGAACAAAGCUUGUACGUAGAGACAGUGGAUUAGAUAUUAGUGAUUUGGAUAAGUUCAAGAAGAAGCAAUCCCGGGUAAAGAGCCAUGAUAGCGGAAAUGAUGACCAUGGAAUGAGUACCGCAUCGGUUUCAAGUAUUGAUGACAUAGAUUGUAGAGAUUCAGGAUCACCCGUGUUUUCUAAAACAUCGCCUAGAAAAUCAGAACUUCAAUCGAUGGAAAAUAGCAAAAAUGAAACUGAUUCAGAUAAGAUUCCUUCUUCUAACGAGAAUUGUAAGGAUAUUGAAAUUGAUGAUUUGGAGAAUGUAGAGUAUACAAAUUCAGAAAGUCAAAAUGAUUCUGAGAAUGAGAGUAAAAGCAUAGAAAAAGGGGAAUCUGAGAUUCUGUCAGUUGCACUAAAAACAUCUGAAAGUUCUGAAAAUGAAAAAAAAUCAGGUGGAUCGGAAAAAACAUCAAAAAGUGGUAGUGUUUUGAUAUGUCGAAAAAAGAAAGUGAAUUCUAAAGGUGAUGCUGGACUUCGGACACCAUUAGCAUCAAAACCACCACGACCAGAAUCAUGUCGACCAAGUAGUGUAUCAAGAGUUUCUGUGUCUACACGUGUUGAUGUUAUGCUAAAUAGCGAUCUUUUCAAGAAAUAUUUAUCAAAACAUGAAAAUUUAAUAGACAAGAUUUCAUUGAGACAGGGGCGAGGAGCUGGAAUGAAGAAAGCGUUAUCAAAUUUAGAUUUAUCACAGUUAGACUUUGAUGAUGACCAAUCACAAGAAAGAAAGACAAACUUAAUUUCAACAUUUUCGUUUAAUGAUGAAAAAUUGAAAAGUGAAUGGGAAAAUUCACCCGUUACACGGACUCGGCGUAACACGGUUUGUGAGUAUGAUUACAAUAGAGGUGAAGGGUCAGAUAAAGAAAAUACUAAUAUUUUGGACAAUGAAAAAGAAAAUGAUAUUCUUCGCUCAUCUGUUGAUAGUAGUUCUAAACAAAGGACAAGCAAUCGAAAGAAAUUUGCUAUACCAAGUUUUCAUGAAUUUAAAAUGUCGAAACAUUUUAAAGAAAUUCCCGAAGAAGGACCUUAUGAUGAUGAAGAACAAACUUCAUGUGAAAACUGUGAUAAAAAUAGAACAUAUGAAAAUGAGAAACCAAAAAGUAGGUUACAUUCAAGAUGCCAAAGAAUCAAAGAGAAAUAUUUUCAAAACCAUGAAGAUCAGACUUUAAGUUCAAACAAUGACUGUUCUGGUGGGAAUGAUUCUAUGCAUGACCUAGAAGCUGAAGGCAAAUCUGAUGCAAAUGUUCCGAAGGAAAAGUCCAAAAGUGCUCGGAGAAGUGAAAUUCCUAUCCCAGUUAAGAUCAAGAGUUCAUCUAGUCCUGUGUCAUCUCCAAGGCAACAGAAAAUUGUUGUCGAUGAGAUUAAGAAAGAUCAAAUUCAUAUAGGUCAAAAUGAAAAGCCUCAAAAAUCACGUAUUUUGCCCAAAACACCUGAUGAAUCAGGUAAUGGCUUACCACCCAAGCAUGUUUCUGAACCCAAAAAGCGUGUAGUUCUUCGUGCAUCUAGAAAAAGGAAAAUGGGUCAAAAGAAGCCAUUUUUACGAAGUCAAUCAGACUCUCAAUUAAAAGUUGAUAGUGCUAAUCAUUCUGGAAAAUCUUUGGAAGAGGUUAAGAUGAAAUUUAAACCUCCGCCACUGGAAAUAAAAAGUGUGCAAAGUUGUGAAACAUUUUCAACAUAUAGUCCCUUAUUUAGUGCUUCAACAUUCGACUCCAGUAGCAAUCCCUCAUCUGCUACUGUUGGGUCUUUUGACUUCUCUAGUGAUCAUGUGAUCAAAUUUAACCUUGGUGAACAGGAAACUCCCUUUAAGGGAGGUAAUACUGUGCAUAAUACAGAAACCCUUACUACUAGGGGAGAUAAUAAUUUACAUCUAAGCAACAACUCUUCAAAGGGAGAUAAUCUCAUGAACUCUCCGGAAAGUAAUGAAUCUAGUGCUAAUUUAAGGACAGCUUAUUCUGAAUCUAGUACUUUAAAUUCAGGGACAGAUAACUCUGAUUCAAUACCAGGAAAAGAUAACUCUGAACAGUUUUUACCCAGAAAUAAUAGCUUUAAUACUAUUCUAUCCCAUCGGAAUACCUUUGACUCAAUUUUAUCAAACAAUAAUAUUGCUAGUAAAAUCCCAUCAGGAAAAGACAACUCUUGUGAUAUUCAGAAUGUUGAAUUGUGGAGUGACAAUUCAGACAAACCUAUAGAAAGUUCUGUUCCCAGUUCUUCCAGUGAUUGUUCUGAUAAGGUCAAUGACAAUUCUGUGUCUAGAAAUUAUUCUGAAAACCGAUCUAGUCCGACUAAUUGCAUUUCCGACAAAGUUGAUAAUUAUCUGUCUCAACAAAAUCUUCAAGUCGACGACGAUUCAAAGAGUUCAGUGACAAGGUCAACGUCUGAUGUCUGUAAUAGUACUACCUCUGAUGCUCUAAAGAAGAGACGCGAACGGAAGGACAGGCCAUAUAAAAGUGAUCCAUUUACAGGCUCUUCUCAUCUACCAGCAGGUAAACCUCGGACUACAUCCUCAAGUAAAAAUGAUAUUUUUGAAGCAGAUGAAAUCAGCUUGGAGGAGGUUGAAGAGGAAGAAAGUUCCAUCAUUUCUGAACAAGAAUGGGAAAAAGAAUGUAAAAAACAACAUCGUCUGAGUGAUGUAAGUAGUGAUAGUGGAGUUAUUGGCCCUGAAUACCCACCAAGUCCUACCAGCACUGUCUUCAGUACAGGAAGUAGUUUUGUAGGUGCUGAUGGGAAUGACAUGGGCACAGAGACCUCACUACUAGGACGAGGCCUGCUUUACAGUGACUUUAGUGAUAGUGGUGGUAAAAGUGGUCCAAAAAGUCCCAGAAGUCCACAUAGUCCAAGAAGCCCUCGAAAGGUAAACUCAGGUUGCAAAGAAUGUGGUAACUAUGAAAAUAACAACCGAACAAAGAUUUGUUCCAAAUGUGAGAAGAAAAGUAUCGAGAGGAAGGAUAUCAUAAAAGAAAUCAAAGACACAGAAGAGAGCUAUGGUAGAGAUCUGGCUAUUCUGAAAGAGCAUUUCUUUAAGCCAAUGAAGUCUGCCGGGUUGCUGUCGUUAGAACAUUUGGAAGGAAUCUUUCUGAACCUGGAAGAACUGAUCCAUGUCAACACACAGUUUGUCAAAAAACUUCAAGGAGCAGUCGAUAUAGCUGUUAAAAAGGGGGAUGAGAAUUUGAGAACCAUGAGUAUUGGUAAUUUGUUCCUGGAUUCCUCGUCUCUGAUUCUUGCCUUUGAAAACUACUGUGUAAAUCAGGGCCAAGCUGCAGUGCUUCUUGAACAGUUAGAAAGAGAGAAAGAAUUGCUACGAAUAUUUCUGAAGGUUUCACAAGAUGAGAAUCCAAUCCUACGACGGAUGCCGCUUACUUCAUUCCUCAUGGUCCCUGUUCAGCGAAUAAUGAGGUACCCAUUACUUCUAGAAAGACUGUACAAGUUCACAUCUGGAGAUCACACUGAUAAAAGUUCUUUGAUGGAGGCAAAAUUAAAAAUAGAAGAUAUUUUAGACCAUAUAAACUCUAAAACAAAACACAGCGGAACAGUUAAAUUAAAGAGAAAGAUUUCAGAAAAUAUGUCUCAAAGAAUUUCUAUCACUGAAAAAAUUGAGGUUAAUAAGGUUGCCAUUGAUAUCUUAGGAUGGAACAGGAAAGAAGUCUGUGAUAUUAUAAUAAGUCGACUCCAGGUGGCACCACUUUCAGACCAAACAUGGGCAGCUAAACGUUUAAAGACCAUGAAAUUCUCAACAGUCCAUUGUGUCUUACUAACUCUUGGCCAGAGUGAUACAGAUAUUACUGAUAAUGACGAAGAUAAUUUAUUGUUUGCCAGAAAAUCUAAAGUCAUUCAGGCUGCUGUGGUGCUAAUUAAAGAGAAAAACGGCAAAUACCAAACAUUUAGGGAACCAUUCAUAUUGAACAGAUGUGUUGUGAGCAUUGACCCAGAUGUAGAGAAUGCCUUUGAGCUUUCAGACUUGAGCCGAGAUUCAUAUGUUUUUAAGGGUGAAGAUUUGAAAGAAUUAAAAUCAUUUUUACAAACAGUCAAACAACAAACUUUGAACCUUGCCUCUUGGAGGAAAAGAAGAAAUGCCUUACCUAACAUUAUGAUUAAACAUAUGGUGUGAUUAAUCAUGUUUCUUAUUAAUCAUAAUCAUGAUUCAUUGAAUGCAAGUGUUCAUAUACAAUCCAACUAGUAGAGAAAGAGCAAUGAACUGAAAUUACCUUUUAAUGUAGGUUUGAAAUGCUUAGGUUUUUCUAGAGAGGGCCAAGAAAAGGAAGAAAUGAGAGAGUUACAAUCAAUAUAUGUGAUGCUGAGGUUUGAGAAGGAAUGAGGAAACAUGGUCUCCAGGAAGUGAAUAUUUUGAAUGUAAACAUUAACAUGAUAAUACACAAUCAUGAUUAUUGAAAACAUGUGAUCUGAUCAUAUCAUAUCAUAACAAACAUUCAUUUGGUUUUUCCUGCAGGAAGUGAAUAGUUUGAAUGAAACCCUAACUUGAUUAAACACAAUCAUGAUCAUUGAAAACAUGUGCUCAGAUCAUAUUGUGUGAUAUUUGAUGCUAGAUCCAAGCUGUGAUUCGUUAUAGACAGACUUUAUAAAACUUUAUGCUAAAAGAACAACAAUGUGGGUCAUGUCUGAUUGAAGCUAAAUUGUGAUAAAGUGAACCAUUGUGCUUAUGGCAGAAGACACUCUCAGCUUCCUGUUAUGUAGAACAUAUACAUGUACUGAUUGAACAUGAUUGUUUAAUUAUUAAAAAGGUGUCAGUAAUCAUUAAUCAUAAUCAUGUUUCAGAAUCAUAACAAAACAUUAAUAAUGAUUCAUAAACCAUGUUUACUGUUAAAAGAUAAUCAUGAUUCAUAAAAAUUGAAAACAUAAUCAUGAUUCAUACGUUGUGAAAAUAUAAUCAUGAAUCAUCAACUGUGAAAAUAUAAUCAUGAUUUCAUUAAAUGAUAACUAAAUUUAUACACAAUCUUAAAUAUGAUUGAUUAGAUUUAUAUAGAGCAAAAUCUUUAAAGUUUUUAUAUUGUUUCCCUGCUUAUAUACUUAACCUGAAAUGACCAUUGAGUUCUUCAAAAUAAAUAUACAUAUCCUGAGAUGAGCAUUUGGUCUCUGGUUAAACAGAAGUCUGAAUUUCAGUACAAAUAAAUGCAUCUCCCAUGAAAUGUUUUUGUCUGUGAUAAUUGGUGUUUUGGACUUUUUGUCUAAUGUUCAGAAUCCUCUAUAUUUAGUUCAGAUAAAACUUUUGCAUGCUAAUCCCUACUUUUCUUUUUAUAAUUAUAUGACAUAGUUUAAAAUUAUAUUUUUUUAAUCUUAUAAAAUCCUUGUUUUUGAAAGGAAAAAGGUUGCAAUCUAAAGACAACUGUUUUCUGCCAUUUUUUCAGUUGAUUAUAUAUCAAAAACUAGAACAGAUGCCUGCCUUUUUCAUACUCUAUAAGUUACUUUAUUCAAAACUAUCACAAUUAUCAGAGUCUUUUAAAAAGACUGUUAUUUUAUAAAUCUACUGUAAAACAUAUGAAAGAUAAGUUUUAUUCAUACUUGUUUUCAGAAGAAGAAUGAAAGAAAUUUUUGGCAAAAAUAUACUGGAACUACAAAAUUUUCAUGAGUGAUUUAUUUUUUGCAAUUUUCGCCAGAAGAAAAAUAAUGCAACAAAUUGGAAACUUGAUCUUUCCUUGUCUAAUGAGAGCUGCAGGAAGCAAAUUAGAAAAUUGCAAAACUAGAUAGGUGAGAAUUCGACUAGAAAGAGCUAUAUGAGAAAUAAAGUAUCCAGGAAAAUAUGAUUUACAGUAAUUUAUUUCUACUUUUUUUUACAUUAAAAUCAUUAAUACCAUUGAAUAUCAUAAAACAUAUCUGUUGUCUCUAGAUGAAAUAUUUGGUGCAAAAGUUAACAUCAUUAGUAUUACAUGGGGAAGUAAUCCUGUUUGUAAAAUUUAGUUGCAUUUAAACAUAGUAUCAAAGUCAUAUUUCACUGUAAAAGUUAACUUUUAUUGUCUGAGUAGAGAAUUGGUCUUAAAAUUGCAUUUAAGUCCUUUUAACUUGAUUUUUCUGAGAAAUCCCUCCAUGAAAUGAUUUAUGCUUCAUAAUUCAGACACACAACAUGAAAAGGAAGCAAUGUUUUUCCAUCCAAUUUUGGUAAACUAUCACACUGUUACUUUUAAUUGUGGUAAUAAUCAAGACAAUUGAUGGGAUUUCGAUACAAAAUUGAUAUAUUGAUCAAAUCAUAAAAUUUGAAAGACUUGAUAAAGUAUGAUCACCGUUAAUUCUAAAAGGUUUUGCCAAAUACAGUUAAAAAUUUCUAUUCCCUGGAAAGAAAUGCAUAUUAUUUAUAUAUCUAGAGUAUUUUUAAGGGUUUUCUGUCUCUAUAAUUUUCUUUUUUAUCUGUGAUAUUUUUGUUGCUCAAGUCCACAUUGUAAUUAUUGUAUGUUAUUUAUUUUGUAAACAUUAAUUGUAUAAAUCCAGAUAGUAUUUUUAUACAUAAAUUGUUUUUAAAUUAUUUGUU